GGUUGUGCAGUGGUUUCCGUGCCCCGGUGCGCAGCGCGGGGACCCAAGCGCUUCAGUCCCACCGAGCCGGGUGCGCCGGGCAAGCGCCAGGAGCCUCGGAGCAGAAUGGCAAGUGAAAGAGAAUCCAGCGAGAACUGAGUGAGAAGGAAACAGCGCGGGGAGACACGGAGAUACUGGGAAAGUCAAGGAGGAUCCAAGAUACAGAGUGAAAAUUAGAGGGCCCGGAGUGACUUGGAUCGGCGCCGCUGGGGCUGGAAGGACAGAGGCGAAUCUCUGGUGCCUGCGCUCCCCGCACUUGCCGAGCUGUAGUGCAAAGUAUGAUUUGAAACAGUCAACAUGGACUUUUCACGUCUACACACGUACACUCCUCCCCAGUGUCUGCCAGAGAACACUGGCUAUACAUAUGCCCUCAGUUCAAGUUAUUCUUCAUCGGCUUUGGAUUUUGAGACUGAAAACAAAAUAGAUCCAGUAUUUGAUUCGCCAAGAAUGUCACGGCGUAGCUUACGGUUAGCUGCUCUAGCCCUGACUAGGGCAGAGGAUGCACAAGACGACAGCCUUCGCGACAGCUCUUACGCCAGAAGCACGUCCUUCAGCCAACAGUCCUCUAGGACUGUGAGGCAACGCAAAAGUACAAACAAACAAUCUGGCAGUACAAGGCACUCGCCAAGGAAGAAUCUAUCCAGCUCUGCCGUUCUUAACCAAAGCAGUUUCAAUAGCCAUGCCAGUGACACGUCAAUGGUGUCCACUGUGUUGGACGAGUCUUUGAUUCGAGAACGGACAGAAGUUGAUCAUUUCUGGGGUCUUGAUGAGGAAGGCGACCCUAAAGGUGGUGACGCUGCACUGAUACAGGGCAAUGGCAAUAUAGCCACAGCAGAAACACAGACCACGAUGAUCAACGGCUACCCCUACAGCGGCUGCGGCAUGCUGUCUGAGCGGAAGGAGGUUCUCACCGCGUACUCUGCUUCUCCUGGGCCGUCCUCCAGAAUUUACUCCAGGGACAGGAGCCAGAAGCAUGCAUCUAGAGGAACCUAUUUCUACAUGAGUAAGAUCCUGAGAGUGGUCAAACAUGCUGCAGCAUCUUUUGCAUCACUGUUAGUGCAACUAUUUCAAAUGGUUUUGCUGAAGCUGGGUUAUGAAUUUAAAGCUCACUCGGUCUACUAUGGAAGCACAAACGUAAGGGAGUUUCGCAAAACAGACAGCCGUCUUGGGGUAAUCGAGGAGACAAUAUGUGAUGACUGUAAGGGGAAGAAACAUCUUGAAAUGUACACCACAGAGCACACGCAAUCCUCAUGGGCUAAAAGGGUAGCAAGGACCGUUUGGCACACCUUUUCUUAUGCAGGUUACUUUAUGCUUCACGUGUUGAGAACGGUGGGAGAAACAGGAUGGCUUGUGUCCCAGAAGGUGUUGUCUCUACUUUGGCUGGCCGUUCUUGCUCCAGGGAGGGCAGCUUCUGGCAUGCUAAGGUUGCUUAGAGCUGGGUGGUAUCAACUUGUUACUCUGAUGUCUUUGCUCAAGGUGUUUCUUCUAAAAAGAUGCCUUCCAAAGUGCCACAAGCUGUUACUGUUUAUCCCACUCCUGCUUCUACUAGGUAUAUGGUUUUGGGGCUUUGAUGGCUUCAUUGCAUUAUUACCUUCAUUGAACUGGACCAGAAUGGAUGGAGUACAGAGAACAGAUGGCUUUGUUCGUAUUCCUGAACCACUGGCUGAUUCUUUUCACUCGGUGCAACCUCCUCAGGAUACCAUCAACAUCUUCGAUCCUGGUCGUAUAAGAGAACUGGAAAAGCAAAUGUCCUUUUUAUCUGACAAAUACCAUCUCCACGAUAAAGAAUAUACCAAAGUGAUGGUUCUGCUUCAAAAUCUUCAAGAUCAGGUUUCUCAGAUGAGUGAUAAAAGUGAAACCUUAGAGCUAAUAAAAAACGUGAUGGGACAACAUCUUCAAGAUAUGAAAUCAGAGGACAAGACUGACUUCCUGGCUUUACAUAAAGAACACGAGUUGCGCAUCCUGAUGCUGGAAGAUCUGCUUGGAAAACUCUCUACUGAAUCCAAGGACAUCCAGAAGGAGCUCGGCAUAGCCAAAGCAAAAACAAUGAGAGAUUACGAUGAACAUAGUCAACUUCUGUCCAGAGUUCAAAAGCUGGAACUGGAGUUUUCUCAGAUGAGAUCGGAGCUUUUAACUGGCGAAAGUGUGAGGACUAGUUGCGAGAAGAAAAUAGACGUCAUUCACCAGAAAGUGGAUGCCCAGGUCAAAGAAUCUGUCAGGCUAAUGCUUUUUGGUGAUCAACACCAAGACUUUCCUGAAUCACUUGUGCAAUGGCUUACGUCCAAUUUUGUGAGCAAGACUGAUCUGCAGGCUUCGCUGCGAGAUCUAGAGUUGCGGAUCCUCAAGGAUAUUACUCUCCGUGUGUCUGUUACAAACCAAAAACCGACAUCUGAAAUAGUAACAACUGCUAUGACUAACGCAGGGAUUUCUGGAGUCACAGAAGAGCAAGUGCACGUCAUUGUAAACAAUGCACUGAAACUCUACUCUCAAGACAAGACUGGUAUGGUGGAUUAUGCCUUGGAGUCUGCAGGUGGCAGCAUCGUGAGCACUCGCUGUUCUGAAACCUUCGAGACCCAAACGGCAUUAAUGAGCCUCUUUGGAAUUCCUUUGUGGUACUUCUCUCAGUCGCCCAGAGUAGUGAUUCAGCCGGACAUGUAUCCGGGAAACUGCUGGGCUUUCAAAGGAUCCCAGGGCUAUCUUGUAGUUAGACUUGCAAUCAAAAUCUACCCGACUGCCUUUACACUGGAACACAUACCGAAAGCAGUUGCACUGACAGGAAAUAUCACCAGUGCUCUUAAGGAUUUUGCAGUAUAUGGCCUAGAUGACGAAUAUCAAGAAGAAGGAAAACUUCUGGGACGGUAUGUCUAUGAGGAGGCUGGAGAACCGCUGCAGACGUUUCCAGUGAUGGAGAACACUGGAAACGCAUUCCAGGUGGUGGAACUGAGGAUUUUCUCCAACUGGGGACAUGUAGAAUAUACAUGCCUUUAUCGGUUCAGAGUGCACGGGAAACCUGCCGAAUAAUCUCCUACACUACAGCUGGGCUUGUUUUUGUUGUUGUACAUUUUGUUAUCAGUUUGUAUAUACCGGAAAGCCUACAACACUGGAAUCUUCAAAGGACAAGGAUACAAGAUACUUACUACAAGACUAUUCAUCCUCUGAUACAGGCACAAGACUGUCAGCAGAACUGUUUAAAAACUUAUUUGCUGUAAUGCUCAGCUUGUAAUUGCCAUUAGCUUUACAUUUUUGUGUCCAUGCUGAAAUACUGCAUGCAAACUACUCUGGUUCAUAAAGCCCGGUUGGCAAACAGGUGACACAUACUUUAUUACAAAUGAAUGUAUAAGGGGUUUUUUAAAUGAAUAAACCACACUUUCUGCGUCUAGGAAUCUGUUUUUCUUAAAAUCCAGGACUUGACUGCUUAUUUCUGUUAGCUUGGCACCAUAGGCCAAAGCCUAAAUAGGGACUGUGGCUAAAGGCGUCCUUCACUCGCCCCUUGGUUUUGACCUUUUUGGUGGAUCCAAAAGGGCUUUGAUACAUGUUGAACAUGAUCAAUAUUACCACAUGAUCAAUAUUACCGUCAGGGAAUGGACACAACCAGAACUAGUUUAAACACCAGCGACUCAGAAUGCUUUACUGUAACUUGUGGCUGUGAAUUGCUCUAAAAGUCAGGGAUAACUUUAAAUAACUGAAGUUAUUUUAAGGGUUUUUACCAUAGCAACGCGGCCACUUUGUUCCUUAGUGUUAAUUCCAAAUCAGCCUUGAUGUGCUGACUUGACUGGAUCGGAGCUGAUAAGCCUGCUAAAUGGCUUAGUAAACAUUAGCAUACAGCAAUUAAUCUUAAUUUGUCAAAAAUCUGAGACGAGAAUUCCUUAGGCUGGGUCAUUGUUACACUCGGUAAAUGUUGUACUGAGAACACAGCGUGUGGGAAACAAACCUGAAGUAAAACCUCGCUACUCCACGUUUACACGAGGGAUUUGUGCACUGGAGUACUCAGGGUUCUUGAGAUCACCCCCAGGCACUGCAGUCGGGUGUGAGAUGAGCCACGUCUUGUUCUCAGAAGUGACGUUUCCAUGGAGAAUGAGAUGAGACACAAAACUACCUUUUCAGCAAUGAUUCCUGAAAUUGAUCUUGCUGUUAUCACGCAUUUUGUAGUAACCCAUGAACUGUGACCGCAUGGAACUGCUGACGGGUUUUCUGAAGAGAGUUACGUAUGUUGCACAACAGUCCUCGAGUGUUUAAAAUACAAGUCUCCACGUGAAAAACUAGAGACAGAACCUAUGGCCUACACAGAGGAGCCACAUUAUACGUGUACAGGUGUUUUCCUAUUUAAAACUAGAAUUAUCCUGUGUAAAUUGCAAUUAGGUAGGCAGGGUGGGAAUAUUUUGAAUAACACUAACUUAUUUUUUAAAAAAAAAAAAGCAAGAUAGGACUUUGUGCAAUGUAUUUUUGUAAAUGCUUUUCCAAAUGUCUCUUAUUCUUUGCUGCCUCCAAACUGACAAGAUGCUAUUGAGAUGUUUAAAUAAAAAGAGUUUUAAUUUUUGAAAGUGCAUGUAAUAUUUGAAAUGAGAAAUAAAGCUGCUUUUCUGUA